GCUUGUGGGUUUACCUUUCUCAUAGUUUUCCGGGAUUGUGUUUUUGCCACUUAGGGGAGCAAGAAGUCCACUAAAGUGCUACCCACACCUCUUCCUUUAGCGUACAACCGAUUGAAAUUCGAUUUAGACAUUGCUGAUGCUGGAUUCGGUGGCUGCAAUUUUGGCUAAUGAUCUUUCUCGUUUGUGUUUGCAUCGUGAAGAGGACUACGAGCUCCUAGUGCAGGUCUACCAUCGCCAUAUCGCAGAGGAUCACGUCGUAGGACACCGUGGUGAGUAUUACGCUCUACUGUUGGAGGAGUUACGCAAACGCGAGCGUUGGCACCGACAGUGUGAGAAGGGAAUUGUUACCAGAAUGGUCGCGUGGAACCAAGGUAUCAUUGAGAAUCAGAUGACACUCGCACAGACGUAUGCGGAGUUAGGCUCCUGCCAAUCAUUAUGGUGUGAGUGCAUACAACAUGCCUAUCAGCUAUCCAGAAACGAUCUCGAAAGCUCUCCUUUUGCCCGGCAGGAAUCUAGUAGAAUGCUUUAUGACGGUGGUAGCAGUUCUGUUGUCUCCAUCGUGCACGAGCAGCUUUUCCAAGGUGGGGAGAGUGAAGCUUUCGUUGUGCCCGGCGUUAAGGAAAGGCUGGACGCGUUGUAUCCACCUUCACCAAGCCGUCGCCCUUAUCGCGUUAGGAAAGACAAUGAAGCGCUGGAGGGUAUGGACGACGCCGUGGUUGAACCUGCGCUCAAUUUUGAGAAUGUGGGGUCGAGAACGCGUAAUCGCCUUUUCAAACGCCGUCGUGAGUUCCAAAUCUUCUUCAUAAUAUGGCUGCACGCCAUGCGGCAGGGGAGCGUCACGGAGGGCGAAAUGGCUAUCCUCAGCCGUCUCCCUGCGAUCGCAGUGACCGGGCUUCUAAAAAUGGAGCGCAGACGUCUAGAAGACAUGCUGGCAAAGGUGAAUGACUUUAUUUAGCGUGUUGUUGACAAAUGCUUCUGUUAUUCUCUCUCGUUUUGAGGGAAGAUGGACAUGGCCUUUUUUUUGGUGUUGCUCAAACGAUGCUUUCUAUCUGACGUUCCGUGCUCUGAUUACCCCGAUGCUAUCGGUAAGAAAAAA